ACCUGGGGUGCACUGAGAUCUCACAUCGACCCCUUGGUCCACUACACACACACGCUCGCCUGACACAAUGGCCGGGUGGGGCUGAGGAACUGGCUUCCUCUGCGGAGAUCUCAAUCUGGGCCCUCAGUUCCCGCCCCAGAAACACAGGAACAGACCAUCAGAGACCCGGCCCCGCGUUCCUUGUUCCAAGGGGCAGGCAGGACGGGCUGAAAAUAGAAACCGCUUCCAAAAAGAUAAAGGUUGGAUGCGAAAGGGACAGGCUGUCAUGCGAGGUGUGGAAGAGAUGGUCAGACACGCCGUUGAGGGACACACACCCCAUCCCUCAGCGAUCCAGAGGGGAUGACUCCAGCAGCGUACCCCACUCCUUGGAAGAGCUCGGAGGAAGAUGUCAGCUCAGUCUCUUCCUGCAGCAACACCCCCUACCCAGAAGCCCCCUCGGAUCAUCCGGCCCCGCCCCCCUUCUCGCCCCCGGGCUGCCCAGUCCCCGGGGGCCCACCACAACGGCUCCUCUCCACAAGAACCUCCCCUCACUGCCAACGAGGCACCAACACUGAUGUGCACCCCCAUCUUCUGGGAGCCCCCAGCCUCGUCCCUCAAGCCCCCAGCCCUUCUGCCCCCGUCAGCUUCUAAAGCCAGCCUCGACUCCCAGACUUCCCCAGACUCGCCUUCCGGCACCCCCAGCCCAGUGUCCCGGCGCUCCAUCUCCCCAGAACCCGCUCCCCGGUCUCCAGUGCCCCCACCCAAACCCUCCGGGUCACCCCGAACGGCUCUGCCCCUGCUCCACUCGACCCGGGCCCCUGGCCAGGAUGGCUCUGCCUCGGCCGCAGGCACCGUGCGGAGACUGGCUGGCAGGUUCGAAUGGGGGGUUGAAGGCAAGGUCCAGGCUCCAGAUGCCCUGGAGCCGGGUCCUCCUGGGGGACCGGAUGUGAAUGGGGAGAGAGAGACCGCGCAGGGCAUCCUCGCUGGGAGUUGGUCCCAGGAGAACGGCACUCCAGAUGCUGCGCUGGCCUGCCCUGCCUGCUGCCCUUGUGUCUGCCACGUAGCCCGGCCCGGCCUGGAGCUCCGAUGGGUGCCGCUGGGGGGCUAUGAGGACGGCCCCAGGGUCCCCUGCCGGGCCUCCCCACUGCGGACCUCCCGCUCCCGCCCCAGCCCUCCAAGCCUCGGCCAGCCCCCAGUCGUCCUCACGUCCUACCGCUCCACUGCCGAGCGCAAACUCCUGCCACCCCUCAAGCCCCCCAAGCCAACUCGGGUCAGACAGGAUGUCACCAGCUCUGGGGACGCCCCACAGCCAGAUCUCGAUCUGCCCUCCGAAGAUGGAAUCCAGACAGGGGACAGUCCCGAUGGCGUCCCUCAGAACGAUCCUCCAGCCACUACGGAGGGCAGCGAGGCUGAGGAGCUGGAGGAGCUGAAGGGGCAGAACUGGGAGCUGCCCCUGCAGGACGGUGAGGGCCUCUGCACCUGGGGCGUCCCUGCUGAGACCGUCAAGCAGUGGGCAAGGGUUCCGGGGCACUGGACUUCGCUGAUGUGCGACAUCUGCUCUCCAGAACCCCUGUACCAGACCUAUCGAGCAGCCGUGCUGUCAGAGGAGCUGUGGGGGGUCAGUGAGGAUGGGGGACCCUCUUCAGCAAAUCCUGGGGAAGCUCCCCCCUUCGCCCGGCCCCCCGGACCUCGCAACACGCUGUGGCAGGAGCUUCCGGCUGUGCGAGCCAGCGGCCUCCUGGACACCCUCAGCCCCCAGGAGAGGCGCAUGCAGGAGAGCCUGUUCGAGGUGGUGACAUCCGAGGCCUCGUACCUGCGCUCCCUGCGGCUGCUGACCGACACCUUUGUGCUGAGCCAGGCGCUCCGGGACACGCUCACCCCCCGGGAUCACCACACCCUCUUCUCCAACGUGCAGCGCGUCCAGGGAGUCAGUGAGCGGUUUCUAGGGAAGUUACUGUCCCGUGUGCGCUCUUCCCCCCACAUCAGCGACCUGUGCGACGUGGUGCACGCCCACGCCGUGGGGCCUUUCUCCGUGUACGUGGAUUACGUGCGGAACCAGCAGUAUCAGGAGGAGACGUACAGCCGCCUGAUGGACACGAACGUGCGCUUCUCUGCGGAGCUGCGGCGGCUGCAGAGCCUCCCCAAGUGCCAGCGGCUCCCGCUGCCGUCCUUCCUGCUGCUGCCCUUUCAGCGCAUCACGCGGCUCCGCAUGCUGCUGCAGAAUAUCCUGCGCCAGACAGAGGAGGGGUCCAACCGCCAGGAGAAUGCCCAGAAGGCUCUGGGUGCUGUCAGCAAGAUCAUUGAGCGGUGCAGCGCUGAGGUGGGGCGCAUGAAGCAGACAGAGGAGCUGAUCCGGCUCACGCAGAGGCUGCGCUUCCACAAAGUCAAGGCCCUGCCCCUGGUCUCCUGGUCCAGGCGCCUGGAGCUGCAGGGGGAGCUGACUGAGUUAGGAUGCAGAAGGGGGGGCGUGCUCUUCGCCUCCCGCCCCCGCUUCACCCCCCUCUGCCUGCUGCUCUUCAGUGACUUGCUGCUCAUCACUCAGCCCAAGAGUGGGCAGCGGCUACAGGUUCUGGACUAUGCCCAUCGCUCCCUGGUCCAGGCCCAGCAGGUCCCGGACCCAUCUGGACCACCUACGUUCCGCCUCUCCCUUCUCAGCAACCACCAGGGCCGUCCCACCCACCGGCUACUCCAAGCUUCAUCCCUAUCAGACAUGCAGCGCUGGCUGGGAGCCUUCCCUACCCCAGGCCCCCUUCCCUGCUCCCCGGGCACCAUCUAUGAGGACUGUGACUGUUCCCAGGAACUCUGUUCAGAGACUUCCACACCUGCCAAGACUGAGGGACGGAAUCUGGAGUCCAGGGCUCCCCACAAGCACCUAUACAAGAGCCCCGAAGGCUGGCUGAAGGGGCUUCCUGGGGCCUUCCCUGCCCAGUUGGUGUGUGAAGUCACGGGGGAACACGAAAGGAGGAAGCACCUUCGUCAGCACCAGAGGCUCCUGGAGGCUGUUGGGUCCUCUUCAGGCUCCCCCAGUGCCCCCCAGCCCUAAUGCAGGCCGGGGGGACGGGGUGGCGGCACAAGUUGGGACAGCUGGCAGCCUGGCACAGAGGAGACAAAGCCCAUCCGUCCGUUGGAUUUGCUGUCAGUGGAAACGCUACCUCAGUGGCAACCAAUAGGGACCGAGCUUCAGGACUGGGCAGCCAAUGAAAACAGGGCCGUCUGAGCCCACGCAUGAGGGAGAAUGAAGAUGGCUUGAGUGGAUUGCCAGUGGAGACAGAGGCUCAGUGCAGAGCGGCCAGUGGGCGCUGAGCUGGCUGAGCCUCUGGCCAAUGAGUAUCCCUGCUAUGCUCACAGCCAAGAAAGAGGAAGCUAGGUCAGUGCAGCUGAAAGAGGGCUGCACCGGAGAUAAAGUCCUAGGAGAAAAUAGCCAACAGCAGGGACACAUCCAGCCAAAGAAGAUGGUGAUCUGGGCCCAAGAGACCAGUAGGAACCCUGCUUGGUGCUAUAGCAACGACCGUCUUGCCUUUUGAGUCUGGGAAGUAUUAGAUUCCAUUCCUGGGGUGCCUCCUGUGUCCUCUUAAGCCACUUCCUCUCUUCUAGAAGAAUCCAGAGUGUGUGUCUCAGAGAAUCUGUGUGUGUGUGCACAUGUCUGUAUACGUAUCAAGGAAGGUGAUUCUGCUGAACAUGAUGUGUGUGUGGUCUUGCCCCCUUCCCAGAUGAUUGAAUCCUCGAUUUCUCCCCUCACUCCCCAUUUUUCCUAUUAGUCUCCUCAGGAAAGACACUAGGUCUGAGCUCCAGAGGAGAAUGUGCUGGGUGUGGCUGGCAGCCAGAGGCCAGAGCUGGGGAUGAGAGGCCUGGGUUUGGCCUCCGUAAUCCCUACCUGCGGAUCCUCCAACCUGAACUAUACCAGCCAUUCAGCCUCGGGCUUCAGACUGGCUCUGGGUCCCAGGGUCGAGUGAAGAAACAGGAGCCGUGGAUCUCGGGCCAGCUGAGCCUCUAGGGCUUUCUUGCCUUCAUCCUGGUCCUUGCACAGAAACACUGGGCCAAGCAGUGGGGGGAGAACAGAGAACCAGCAUUACUGCCUAAUCCCACCCAGAGCACCUGCUUCCAGAUGAGAGACUGCCCCGCACAAUGCCAGAAGUAGGUGAGGAAUGGAGACAGAGCGGAGCAGACAGUUGCUGGCAAGUGGGGCCCAGGCCUGGCACAAGGUCAUCCCUGAGCUAAGCCAUCACACCUUCCCUUCAGCUCAUGCAUGGCAACUUGCCCAGGACAGAAACUGCCACGCUGACCACUGGAGGUGCAAGGACUCUGGGAGACUGAGAGGGAGAAAGGCACUGGCUUUUGGCAUGUCCAUGACUUUGGGGAUUCACCUAGCACAGUGCCUGACAUAUGAGAAACCCUCAAUAAAUGGUGGAGCUGCAUUGAGGCUCUCCUGGGAGCAUGUGCUUAAAGGAGCAGUGGUUUCCAAAUGUGACUUUAUUAGGGGGGAGGGGCUGGUUGAAAAGGGAUCCUUUGAGAGCAGGGGUCAGCUCUGCUGGGAACUGGGGCUUGGAGACCAGGUGCAAGGUGUGUUGGCGCACUCAUAGCUCCUGAGGGAUCUAUGGCGGUGUGAUGGGAGGAGGGUUGCAGACGCUGAAGCAGAGAGCUGCUGCGGGUUGGGGAAGAGGACUGGCAGAGCCAGAUAUGGAUGGGGCUCUGGCAGGGGAUGAAGAUGCAGCAAGAAGGACACAAAGGGCAAUCAGUCAGCAAUAAAGAUCCUUUACUGACCAGCCAA